AUGGACCUCCACUACGCAUCUAACAUUAACCAUCGAUUCUACGUAGUACGCAUGCUUCAUAUCUUUGAAGUCCUCCUAAUCAUCAAGCACUUAGGUAUUGGGGGGUCUGACUCUGACACAUCUUCUGGGUUGUCCGUCAGAAAUCCCCUCAUUUUGGGCUCGGUUGGAGACUCGCCUCGUGGUAGCACUUCAUCCUCGGUUAGGGAUCUACCCUGUUCUAGCACUUCACCUGCAUCAAACCAAGAGCAAAGCUCGCCGGAGGAGUUCUGUGCGUCCCCCGAUUCAGGCCUUGGUGGGAGCGAAGUAUAUCCCGAAAUCGAGGUUGGCUUUUUCUCUUUUCAACAUGCCCAACCUGCUGACGCCGGGCAGUCUCCACCAACACAGGAGGGCGAUCCAGUUGAAAAAGAAUCCAGUAUCUCCAUCUACCAGCGUCACAUGUGUCUCGAAGGGCAUGGUUUUCCUCUCUGGAUUCCUCAACCCAACAUGAGGCUUCCUCGCUCAUACCGACGACAAGGUGUCAGCAUCGGUGAUGUUGGGAUCUUCGCAUGGGAUGGUAGCUUUGACUUUCUUUUCAACGUCUGUCUCCCGGCAGGACAUCCCAAUAACCCUGUCGAGCUGCCCGAAGGCUUCACUUGCCUUGUGCUCAGACCUGCAGAUGUUUCCGAGGUUCGUGCCCAUUCUUCGCACAGCCAUAUGGCCAGCACGUGCUGCACGUCUAUACAAAAACAGGGUGAAAAAACAUUCGAGUGCUCUGGUUCUGACGGUGCCGUUCUAAUCAUGCCUCAAGGAGCUUAUCACGAAAAUUUGCAAAAUAUCAGCAGAUUCAAGGAUUACGCAUCGAUUCACGUUGAAAGCUGGUAUCAGUAUGCCAAUGGACCUAGCGGUCGGGAAAUUGAUAAUGGCAAACUUCACAUGGUAACAGGUUGUGACAAGACCACCGCUUGGGGAAUUGCAACCUACUCGCAUCUCCAGUCGAAACGUCCUGAAGGCAGCGUAACCUUGUUAAGCUUUGACGUUGUUGGUGAUGAACGUUAUGAUCAACAGCCUUCGUAUCCUACGUAUGCUUGGAACUACAAGGGCAUAGUGGAGGCGAAGGUUGGACCCGAAGAAGAUGAGCUUAUGGACCUAGGCGUUCAAGGCUCAGCCCCUCCACGAAAUCAGUGCACCUUCAUUCGAUCUCUUACCCUGAAACUUGGUCAUGAUGGCUGGGAACGUUUGCAAUUGAAGGUAGCGGCUUCAAAAGCGAAAGAGCGAGCAUCGGCGCAGCCUCCCAAGAACAGUGCCAUAAGUUCACUUCCAGGCGGGAUCAGCUCUUUCCGUGGUCAUAGUCGCGGAGGUAACUCCGAGGUCACCGACUCAAUGACCCCUGCACAGUGCCCCACAGCGAAAGUUGUAGUCGUCCAUGACAACGAUUGGUGCUCUGUGAUCCGAGACUCGAGGUCGAAGAUCGCCCUUUACUCGGAAAUCGAAAAUUAUGGCCUUCGCAACUUUUCGAUCUUUCUGAGACAUCCCCGUCUGACAUGGAGGUUGACUCCCCUCGGUCCUUCAAGAAAACAUUUGAUGACAACGAAGAUAUCAGAUUCCACACAUGUCAUGGUUCUGGUGAGGCAAGUGUUUAGAUGCUCCGCUGCUCUGGAUGAGUUUGACGACUAUAGUCGUUCUCAGGACGACGACAAUGACUUCGUUGAAAACUUCCUUCUACUUGAAGAUCGAAAACAAAGGUCUUCGCAAAAUUUCGACUCCUUCGAAAUAUCCUAUUCGAAACCCCCUGGAGUCUUCAAGAGUUUCUUGGCCUCUCCUCAUGAGUCUAACAUCGAAGAGUCGGCUGACGAUGUCAAUGAUGAUGCGAAAUCUGACUUGUUUGAGGAUUCAACCCAGGCAAACUUGAACUACCUGGAGGGAAAGUUAGUUCGCAGGGAUGCCGAGUUUCAUAUUCAAGCUCCUUCUGACGAUGAAAUAUAUCACAUGUCGCAUGAUACCUUGCCCGUGCCCACCUCCCAAACAUAUGAAUGGCAAAAUGCUGAUGGGGGUGAUGUCAUGCCCCACAACAACUUUUCCAGCUCCAGUGGACGAAGCGCAUCUCACCUCCUGGUGGAGGAGGAGUUUUCACGAGGCAUCGUCAGAGGUAGACUUAGCCUCUCUCCAGCUAACAGUUCAAACCGUCACGAUCCCGAAUCAUCCACCCAACUCCACGAAACACUUGAAGAUCUAGAACCAGGAAAUGCAGCAGGUGUUAGAGAUCAUAUCAUGUCUGACUCAGCCCCUGGUACUGAAUAUGGCGCACCAAUAUCCGACUUGUUGGGCACUGAUCCUCUCGCCGAAAAGGUCCUUCCACUGGCCCAUAGUCAGUCUGCCGGUGCAACCCACCCGCGUACGACGAUUGCCACGCAGAGACAACGUGCGGCAAGUAAAGAAAGGGGGAUAGACGGUAACAGGUUUCAAUGUCCGUUAUGCCCUCAGACCUUCACUGCGAAGCACAACUUGAAGAACCAUAUGGAUGGUCAUUUGCCAGGUAGCAAAAAAACCCAUCAUAUUGGAGACUUCACUACUCCCGCUUCUCUUCUUGGGCGUCGCAAAGGUCUCAAAACCAAUCCGCAGCUGAAAUCCGCCCUAUGGUCAAAUGAACUCAAACACGAUUCGAGCAUUGAAACCGAAAGACCCAUGUCGGGGGCAGCGCCGCGUGGUGAUGAGUAG